AAUUGAGUUGUGUUUUUUUUUUUAAACACAGCGUCAGUAAACAUUUAGUAAGUCUGUUUUACGGAAAGUAACAUCAUUGCAUGUGGACAACAUGAACAUCUGACAACUGGAACCAGAACAAGCUCAGUAACAUUACCGAAUGCGUUUUUGAUCUGGAAUAUUGACCAACUUCACUAUUUUUGCUAUUAGCAGUCAUUUUUUAGCAAUGCUAAAUAACAACAGCGUAACAUAGUUAGCGACAACACUUCCUCGUUCCAGCUAGCUAGUUAGACAGGUAACUGCGUUAGCUGUCAUGGCUGUGGAGGACAAACCUACCUCCGGAAAAAUGAUCGUAGUCCGACAUCUGAUAAACUUUGGGCUCAAUCCUGCAGCUGUGGCUUAUGCCAUGACUACACUGGGAUCUGCCAUGAUAAACAACAUAUUUAGCUUCUACUAUGUCAAACUCUUUCUCAAUAAGUACAAGAUAUCAGAGGGAGCAUUUCACCAAUCACAAGUGGUGUACAUGGUGUGGAAUGCAAUCAAUGACCCCCUCUUUGGCUACAUGCAAGAUAAUUCCAGGGUGCCCUGCUGCUCUCAGCGACGUCUCUCCAUCCUGUAUGGUGCUCCCCUCUACUCGCUGGCCUUUCUUCUAGCCUGGUUCCCAUGGCAGACCUACGCCCCUGGUGACUGGUUGAGCGGCUUGCACUUGAUGGUGGCGCUGUGUGCUUUUGACGGCAUGCUGACUUUUGUGCUGCUGGCACAGUGUGCAUUGUUUGCAGAGAUUUCCAGCCACCAUCAGAGCCGACUAAGACUUGUAAAGUACAGCCAGGUAGCUUCUCUCAUUGGUUCCUCCAGUGUCCUCUUCUGUGGUGUGCUGACCAGAAACAUGGAAGACUUUGCGUCCUUCCAAGCCUUCACAGUGCUGAUCGCUAUCUUGAGCUGUGGCUGCAUGCUCUACACGGGCCUCCACAGUGAGAGCCGCUUUGAUAACAAAGGUCCUGAUUUAGAUGCAGAUGAUGCUGAUGACCAGACAUCCCAUCAAUCAGCAUUUUCCUUCUCCAUGUUAAAAUCUUUGACGUGGCAAAUUAUGAGCAACAGGGACUUCCAGCUUUUUGUGUUCAUGAACUUCUUCCAGGUUUUUAUGUUAGCUUUCUUCAAUAAUUUUACCAUGAUAUUUGCUGAGCAUCUGAUUCCUCCAGAUGUGCUUCCAUCACUGGCCAAGAGCAUUAUGUACGGAGCGGGAUUCAUCUGUCCACAGCUGUUAGUAUUGAGCUGUCAGAGUCAGCUCCACACUCUUGGCUACUACAGGAUCAUCCUCUUCACCUUCUACACGGAGGCUGCAAUGGCAGCUAUCAUGCUCAUACUCGGUCCUCAGCACUACUAUAUCCUGGCAUUUUUCCUCACCGUUAACAUGAUCAUAAUCCAAGCAGCCUUCAGUCUUUUUGGCUUGCCUUUGGCUGACAUCAUUGACACAGACUUGCAGAAGUACAAGCGCAGUUCCCCUCUUUCGUCCAUGGUGUUUGGGACGAAUGCACUGUUCACUAAGCCGGCUCAGUCGCUGGCACCUAUGAUAGUUCUCAAUAUCCUCAACCAGUUUGGAUAUGAACAGCUGAAAGACGCAGGAAGGGAUUCAAAUCCAAGCGCUUCGGAGAGCCUCCACAGUGUCAUGUUCUAUUUGGUGUGUGUGGUGCCCAUGUGUGUCGCUGGUCUGCAAGCCCUUGCGUGGAGGCCGUUUUCCAUGCGCAGCAGUCACACAGUUGACAUAAAGUACGUUGACGGCUAACUUCAAUAUUUUCAGCAUUCAAAGUGAGCUGGUUGAUAUUUCUUCAGCUGGGAUUUGGGAAAAUUCGUUAUUGAUUAAGUAUGAGAUUAUGUUAAAAGUAAUGUGUAAAUAUCUUUUUCAAGUCACUGAUUGUCACUGUCACUGCCUGAACUGUUGUUUGUUCUUAAUGGAGGAACUGUACUUGUAAAAUGAAUGUAAAUGGAAAGGUUGCUACAGAAAUUGUUGAGUGGCAUCUUGAAACAGUCAACUGGCAGUUGAAAUUAGGAGUGGGUGUCUUCCAUUAAAAAUAAGAUCCAAUAAAAAUAGUGUUAGCAGCUAAAUGUUAUAGCUCUUGAACCAAGACAGAAGCUGAACAUUAAAUGGCUACUUACUGUAGACUGACUACCUCUUCUGUAGAAGCACAGUUACACCAUAUGGAAUCAGAAAGCGAGAUACAAAAAUGUAAAGAGCAUUAAUUUGGAUUUUUUUUUAUAAUGGACUUUCACAUUCCAUGGUCGAUUUUGGUUAAGGGCAUUGUGGUAUUGUAUGUACUAUCAAAAAAGACGUGUAUUUUUUUGUCAACAUAUUCUGUUAUAUCCAUCUGAAUUGUGGAUAGUAGAGAAAGACUAAAAGCACUGUAAGAACCCUGUUUACACUAUAUUUUGCUGUUGGGAUUUCAGUUUUUUCCCCUGGGCCCCAGGUUGGUUGACAGGCGCCUAAUUGAAAUCUAAUUCCAAUCAUCAUUAAAGUAAAUAAUAGGCUGAGCUUCGUUUUACCUGAAGAAACAAGGUGAAAAAUAUCACAAAUAUUUGAUUUGAUUUUGAUUUCACUUUUAUUGUCAAAAUGUUUUUCUCAAAUGUGUCUUACGUCCCAAGAUGUACACUGUUUCACAUACAUAACAAAACACAACAUUUAACCAAACAAAACAAAUACGAAUAACUGGCUGCAGUGCAGUAAAUGCCAUCAUCUUUAUUGUACACAUGGGCAAAAUUACCAAUUGCAGCUUACAUUCCAGCCAUGCUCCAGAAUGCAGUAAAUCAAGGUGAUGCUUUUACAGCAUCUACAACUGUUGGGCCUUUUACAGACACUUUCACUGUGACUUAUAACCAGUAUUUGAGUAACAUUAGAGCUUCAGUGGUUUCAGUCAAAACAUGGCUCACACCAUUUAAGCUUAAAGGGACUAUACUCGAUAUUCAGAAAACAAAUUGGUUUGGGAUUGCCUCCACACAGCUCUCAGACUACAAAGAACAGAGAAGGUCAGAUUGAAACACACACAGAGGGAGUGUGACUUCCUUCUCUGCUCAGGAUGCCAUUACUCCACUAUAUCUUUACAUAGCAAAUAUUUGUUUUUCUGCUAUAUUAAUGUUCUGAAUAUUGAGUACAGCCCCUUUUUAAAUAUGGGAGAUUGGAGGCAGAAAGGGAAGAAUGCACACAGACUCUGAACAAAGGAUGUUUAAGUGAAUAGUAUGAGUCAAAAAAAAGUCAUAUCACAGCCUAUAAUGUGUAAAAAAAAAA